AUGAUAAAAUUUUUUGUAACAACAAAAAUAAAAAAGUUACUAAGGAAGCGAGAUAACGCAUACAAACAAGGAAGAAUGCAGAAGUUUAGGAAACUUCGUAAUAGAGUAGCAUCGGAAAUUACAAAGGCAAAGAGGCACUAUUAUGUAAUGAACAUUGGAAGGCUGAAUAUCAACGGGGAUGCCCGAAUGUGGUGGAAGAAGGUCUGGAAACUGACUGGAAAGAAGAAACCUUAUAUCAAUCUCAGUGAGCAGGGAUCAGACUCCAAACUCGAAGAUAGUGAUGCUGCAAGUAUGAUUAAUACGUUUUUCGCAGAUCUAACAAAUGAUUUCCCAGAAAUUCAAUCCAGAUGGUCAUCGUACGGUCAUUCAGAUGUCUUGCCGACUGUUACACCCGAAAGCGUUGCGAAAAAGCUUUUGUCCAUUCAGUCUCACAAAGCUCCCUGUCCAAACGACCCCUACCUCAAGAUAAUCAAAAUGUUUGCGCAUUUUUUUGCCAUCCCAUUAGCAAACAUUUUUAAUGCAUCAUUUGGGCAGAAGGUGUUUCCAAAACUGUGGAAAGAGUUCCGCCUAGCACCUAUACCAAAAGUGGAACCGUGCACGAAUCUGGAUGAAAUAAGACCAAUAGCUCUCACUAGCACAAUUUCAAAAAUACAGGAGUCUUACGUGGUUGAUUGGAUGUAUGACGAUAUUGAGUCUAAAAUUUGUAAGGAACAGUAUGGUGGUGUCCCACGCUCGUCAGCAGUUCUUGCGCUCGUUCACCUUCUACACAAAUGGAAUAAAGCGUUGAACUUAUCACAACGA